AUGCAAUUCACCAAGUUCAUCAUUGCCUCCGUCCUCGCCGCCGUCGCUUCCGCUGAGUUGACCGUCACUGACACCAUCACCUCGUGUGGUCCAGAGGUCACCAACUGCCCAGCUUCUUCAUCGUCGUCUGUCUCAGUUUCCUCCGUCGUGCCUGUGACUAAGAACGCCACCAACUCCACUCCAGAGAUCACCACCUACGAGGGUGCCGGUGCUACUGCCGUUGGCUCUUUCGCCGUUGUUGGUGCUGCCGCUAUUGUCGGUGCUGCCGUCUUGGGUCUCUAA